UGUCGAUGCGCACGCAACUCGGAUUUUGCGAAAAAUACAACAAGAACAAAAAGAAAAUGCAGCCUCAAAGAUUCCCAGGCCAAGGUCCACCCAUGAGACCGUAUCAACAACAAGGAUACCCACCCGGUCCGAGGCCAGGUGGGUACCCAGGACAACAGAUGGGACCUGGAGGACCUCAAAGAAUGGGGGUACCGCCGCAUGGGGGCAUGCCCCCGCACCCAUAUGCAGGACAAUCUGUGCCCCCCACCAGCAAGGCCACAGGUGGAAAGGUCAAAGGUGACUCACAAUGUAUGCGACCAGGUAUGUCCCCAGGAAUGCCCCCACCCCCGGGGCCACCAGGUAUGCAGGGACCCAUGGAUAGGAAGCGGCCCCCAGACCCUCGAGCAGCCCAGCACAUGAAGACGAAGAAGAAAAAGAAAGUUGCUGAUAAAAUUCUUCCACAAAGAGUAAGAGACUUGGUGCCGGAGUCACAAGCUUAUAUGGAUCUGCUGGCCUUUGAGAGAAAACUGGAUACCACAAUUAUGAGAAAGAGACUGGACAUCCAGGAAGCUCUCAAACGACCAAUGAAGCAAAAAAGAAAACUACGCAUUUUCAUUUCCAACACAUUCUACCCAGUAAAGGCAGAAGGGGAGGAUGGAGAGGAAUCUGUUGCAUCAUGGGAGCUGCGAGUAGAAGGGCGUCUUCUUGAAGAUUCCAUGAGUGCCAAGCUUGGAAGUGACCCUGCCAAGGUGAAACGAAAGUUUUCUUCCUUCUUCAAAAGUCUGGUGAUUGAGUUGGACAAGGACUUGUAUGGACCAGACAAUCAUCUAGUGGAGUGGCACAGGACACCGACGACGCAGGAAACAGACGGAUUCCAGGUGAAACGUCCAGGCGACCAGAAUGUGAAAUGUACCGUUCUCCUCAUGCUGGACUACCAGCCACCUCAAUUCAAGUUGGACCAGCGUCUGGCCAGGUUACUGGGUGUCCACACACAGACUCGCCCAGUCAUCAUUAACGCUCUCUGGCAGUACAUCAAAACACACAAGCUUCAGGAUCCUCACGAGCGAGAGUUCAUCAACUGUGACAAGUACCUGGAACAAAUAUUUGAUAGUUCGAGGAUGAAGUUUGCGGAGAUUCCAGGGAAGUUGCACAGUCUCCUGAUGCCACCAGAUCCUAUAGUUAUCAACCAUGUCAUUGUUGUGGAGGGGCCAGACUCCAGGAAGACUGCCUGUUACGAUAUUGAAGUGGAAGUUGAUGAUACGCUGAAACAGCAGAUGAACUCGUUCCUGUUGUCAACACAGAGUCAGCAGGAAAUUGCUAGCCUCGAUUCCAAGGUAUUGGUAAAGCUGAUGUCAACAGGCUUUAACUUAACAGAAAUUCACGAGACUGUGGAGACCAUAAACCAGCUGAAGACUAACCGCGAAUUCUUCCUGAGCUUCGCCAAGGAUCCUCAGGAGUUCAUCAACAAUUGGCUCAUCUCUCAAACACGUGACCUCAAGACGAUCACAGAUGUUGCUGGCAACCCUGAGGAGGAAAGACGUGCUGACUAUUACUACAAACCAUGGUCGCAGGAGGCGGUGUGUCGCUACUUCUACGGCAAGGUCCAGCAGAGACGUAUGGAACUGGAGCAGGCACUGGGGAUACGCAAUACAUAACACAUCACCCUGGAAUUCUUGUGACUUGGGAAAGUAACUGUGAAUAGAUCUGUGUAACUGACACUGAUAAGACAAGCUUUAAGGAGGAUUUAAGAAAGAUCAUUUGUUUGGGCUGUAUGAAAUAUUUUGUGAAGGAAAUUCAUGAAAUCUGAACUUGAAAAUGGUUCAUGAAGGAAACAAAUCAAAUCUGAACUGUCCAGCUGUGACAUCUAGCCAUACUGAUUAAUUACUGUAGAUGGAAAUUGUAAUUUGAGGCUUAGCAUGUUCAGGUGGUACAUGGCAAUUUAAUUUAGAGAGGGGAGGACGGAAACAUCUAACAUUAACAUUACAGAAGAAUCUACAUCUGUUUAAUUAACCCUUUCACCACUGUAGACCGUAAUGAACUAAUCCAUAUCAAUGCAUGGAAGGAUCUACUUAAGUGGCAUAGGGGUGAAAGGGUUAACACCAAAACAUGACUGUAUACUGACAGACAGGUAGACAUUCAUCAACUAUAUGUUAUGUAUAUAAGUCAGCUUUGUCAGUUUGUCAGAAUACUGUAGUAUUGUAGUUCAUAUUGUUUAUAGUACAUGUUUUGAUUAAAUGGGGAACACAGUUCAUUGUAAAAAUCAUCUUUUUAUUGUUGUCCAAUCCAUAUAUACGAUGGUCUUAUUUUUGUAGACUAAAAAGUGUUCAAAUUAAGCUUGUAAUUCAUUGUACAAGUUGAUAAAAAAUUUGUAAAUAAAACUGUGACACUAUU